UGGUUACAGCUCCUCAGCUUUCUCGAUGUGACUGACGACAAUCAUGGCCGAUACAUUCGCUGUGUCGGUAAUAUCACCCGCAGAAAUCGACAUUGGCGGUUAUGCUAAUGUAUAUCGGGUGUCCUCUGAUGCGUGUAUCUCUGAUUUGGUGAAUGUGAUAGCUAAGGAUCUCAGUAUUCAUCGCUCAAAACUGGGUUUGUGGACACCCAAGGAACCGGUGCCCAUAGUCAACGCUGCCAGUUAUCUGUCAGACCGCCUGAGCAAGGCGUAUGGUAACUUGGAGGCUAUCGCUACAAGCGUUGUAGAUCCCAUGCAGAGCGUUAAGGAUCUUCUGCCAUUUAAUCAAGGCGGCCAAGGACGAGUGGACUCGGGACAAUUGCAUUUCAUUCUAGAAAUCCGGCACCCAAAACGUAGGCGGGAGGAGGAAGAUGAUGAUAGUGGCAAUUACUUGUUAUCGAGGUACAAAAGGACGAUAAUAGUCGACCGAGAAAGUCCAUCCAGUAAUUCUCGUCCCAGUAAUUAUAUCAAGAACCAGGCUGGUGAUACGGCCAUCCUCGAUGGUCGCUACGAUCCCACCAAUUCAACUCCCACAGCGGCCCCGCCAAUUCAACUCUAUCAUCCCGUCUUUGCAGAUUUCCUUGGUGCCAUGGGUGACACGAGUGACCUUCCGGAAGACCUUGUCGUGCAGACCGGCGAACUGAUGAGGAACGCAUCUGGAAUUGCAAUUCUAGAGAGCAGUCGCUCUCUUCCGAGCAGUACGCAUAUAUCCACCAUACUAGGGGUUUCUCUCUUGCAGUCCGUUAAUCUGAAUAAGGCGUCGGCUGACCACACGAUAUUUCACAUCCGGACGUCUCCUAUUCAAACUGCCCUACUGGCGACUGUCGAAGAAAAAUCAGAGUUGGGGUAUGGGGGGGACGUGACGACACAAGGCGGGUGUUCAUACACUGAUUUCUGGCUGUCCAAAGAUCACCAGGAACUCAGGGAAUGUAGUUGUUGCCCAUCUUUCAUCAUUUGUCUCGCAGGUCCUUGGCUGGUUGUAAUGGGUGCCGUGUUCACCACCCAGCCAAUAGUUCAGCGCCUCACAGACUUCAUAUGGCUUGGAACCAGCCCCGUCAUCAACGAUGCGCAGUGUAUCCGUGUUGCCGGUGUCCUACGAGCCCUCAAGGCAGGUGUACGCAUCCUCAAUGACUAUUACAGAGAUCUCGUGCACUUACCCCUCUCGUCCAAUGCCCACCACCCCCGUUUCUUCCCCUUCCCGACCUCAUUCCUCAAUGACAACCAGCCGCGGGUACAUUUCAAGUACCUUAAGCCACUGAAGCCCCUUGACCCCGGCUGCGUCACCUUCCUCGCCGAGACCAUCCCGGACAAAAGCAAGGUCGUUGUCAAGUUCGUCCAGACUUACGGCGUCGAAGCCCAUAGAUUGCUUGCGCAACACAACUUGGCUCCUCCUCUCUUGCACUUUAAACACCUCAGUGAAGACGGUGCUGGUUACGGUGCCUUGAAGAUGGUUGUGAUGGGUUAUGUUGAGGGGAAGACUGUCACUAAAGUGUUUAACGGUGCUGCACUUUCGCCAAAUGUUGUCGGUGACCUCGAGUGUGCUCUUAGCAUCCUCCAUGGGGAGGGCCUUGUUUUUGGUGAUCUUCGGAGACCCAAUAUCAUGAUUAUGCCGGGACCCAAUGAAGACGACACUGUGCGGCUAAUUGACUUUGACUGGGCUGGGAAGGAGAAUGAAGUCAGAUAUCCAAUCCAUCUCAAUCAGUCCAAGGAGGUCAAAUGGGCUGAUGGUGUUGGAUCAUAUCGGAAGAUUGAUAAAACACAUGAUUUGGACAUGCUGGUCAUUCUGAAAUAACUUGUACUGUAAUCAUGAGACUGAGGUGAUGUGUGGUCCGUAGUAAUUCUAGUACUUACAUCCAGUUUCCUGUUAGGUUGUAUGUCUUGAAUCACAGGUAGGUAGUAAGAAGGCGCAAUUUAACACUUCUUCCGUUGACCAUUUGGCAUUUCUCCGCCCGCCGCUUCCCCCACGUAGAACACCGAGG